AGCACAUCCCUCCCCCACCACCUGCCGCUAAAUGCCAUGCAAAAUUUGAUGAUAACCACCAAACAUCGCGCUCACACUCUCUUACCAGUUAUCACUCUUAAUCAGUGCUUCAUUACCAUUAACCCAUCUUUCUCUCUCUUCCUAUCCUCUCAUUUUUAUUCUCUCUUAACCCUACCCUCUUCAAAUCUACCUGUUUGAUUCACUUCAAUCAUGCGAAUUUGAACUAUAAUUGAAGAAUUCUUCAGUACCCAUUUGAUAAUUUGAGCUAUAUUUGAAGAAAUUGUGAAUACCCAUUUGAUAAUUUGAAUAUUAUUUGAAGAAAUUAUGGCAUUGAAGAACAUUACUUUGGUUUCAAGCAGCUGGGUUUUGUUCAAUUCAGAAGGAGAAAGCAGAUUUUUGGACUUGGAUAAAUAUUCAAUUCUUAGGCGUUUGAGGAUUCAUGCUAGAGAUUUGAGAAUUUUGGAUCCUCUGUUGUCUUACCCUUCAACUAUUUUGGGUAGAGAAAGAGCUAUCAUUGUCAAUUUGGAGCAUAUCAAAGCAAUCAUCACAGCAGAGGAGGUAUGGCUUCGGGAUCCACUAGAUGAAAAUGUGAUUCCCGUGGUUGAGGAGUUGCAAAGAAGGUUAGCUGUCCGAGGAGCAUUUUUCGAAGGGCUCGGAGAGGAAGACGAGCAGGCUGCUGAUUUUCCAUUUGAGUUUCGGGCGCUAGAAGUAAUGCUAGAAGCAAUUUGUAGCUACCUAGAUGCUCGUACCACAGAGUUGGAAACUGAUGCCUAUCCAGCUUUAGACGAGCUUACUUCUAAGAUUAGUAGCCGGAAUUUGGAUAGAGUGCGUAAAUUGAAGAGCGCGAUGACAAGAUUGACUAACCGGGUUCAAAAGGUCAGGGACGAACUAGAACAACUCCUAGAUGAUGAUGAAGAUAUGGGAGAUCUUUACCUGUCAAGAAAAUUAUCGCGUAAUUCUUCACCUGUCAGCAUUUCUUGUGCCCCAAACUGGUGUCCUGCCUCACCUGCUGUCCGUUCGAAGAUGUCCAGAACAAGCCGAGCAAGUGGGAUAUCGGCUCAUGAGGAAAACGAUGUUGAGGAACUUGAGAUGCUGCUAGAGGCUUAUUUUAUGCAAAUUGAUAGCACAAUGAACAAACUGACCACUCUUCGUGAAUAUAUUGAUGAUACCGAGGACUACAUUAACAUUCAGCUUGAUAACCACAGAAAUCAGCUGAUUCAGCUAGAGAUUUGUCUCAUCUCUGGGACCCUAUCCUUGUCUGUGUAUUCCUUGGUAGCUGCAGUAUUUGGCAUGAACAUCCCAUACUCAUGGAAGGACAAUCACGAAUAUUUAUUCAAAUGGGUGGUCAUCCUCGCUGGAAUGGCAAGUGGAUCCGUCUUCAUAUGGAUAAUGACUUAUGCUGGCCAUAAAGGUCUUAUUGGGAUUUGAAUGAUAAAAAAGGGACAUGAAGAAAGGAGGUGCUGUGAAAAUCAUAGGGGGCAAUAUUACAGUAUUUAGUUAUUUACACAUUAUCAAAUUGAAGGAACGCAGUGAUUUGCUAGCUAUAGAGAUAUCUAAAUAGCGGCAUCAUGCAGUGGAAUAUUUAAGUCGUACUGUAUUCUGCUAAUUGAUACUUCUCAUACCCACUGUGAAUGAGUUUUCAUUGUCCUCACGAAGAACUUGACAGAUGUAUGUAUGCAAUCAUGUUCAAUGAUAGUCAUACCUCCCCAAUUUUAUUCCCUGUAGAAUGGUUUGUUGCAAAGCUUAAGAAUAUGUGCCCCUUCCAUUGA